CAAAUAGCAAAACAACAAACUCCGUCACCCAAAACAACUGCUGACUUCUUGUUCUUCUUCAUCUAUCACUUUCUUCACAUUUCCUUUGUUCUUUGAGAAAUAUUAGUCAAAUCAAAAUCUAGUCUGCUUUCCACCCACCCACCACACCCACCUUUUUUUUCCUCCCCGUUGUCCUCGUGCCGCCGGUGUAACAGAGGACAUUCCGCCUUGUUCUCUUCACCACAUGGAAAGAACGCAUCUAAACAAGAAAAAUUAGUCGAUUUUUAAUCCGGGGGCAUUGGGUACGCACUUAAGAUCCAUUACUACGCAUUUCUAAAUGCGUAACUUGAUCCGAUCCGGGCAGGGAAGACAACUUCCUUUAUGGCUCACGAAGCGGGACGUCGAGCAGUAAAGUUUGUGCGGAAGGGACAAUUAGGAGAAGCGGUCGAGUGCCAUUUGAAAGCGGCCAAGAUAUUGCACGACCUCGAAGCCACGUUGGAGAAGGAGUCCGGCUGUAAAAGAAGUGUGGAAGAACAAGCCCAAUUUCACGAGAGGCAGGCACAACUAGCCCAAGUUUUGAGGGAACUGUACGAGAGUAAGAAUUGCAAACGUGAGAAAAUCAUGGCGGACAAGAAUGCUGAACGGAAAAGAAUAUUUCGCCCCUUGACGGAAAAUAGUAGGCCGACCAAUCCCAUGGAUCCUUUGAACCAACAUCCGAGCGAUAUAUUCAGACAAAUUGACGAAGUGGAUUCCCUCCUACAAAUCUUAUCGAACAGCAAAACUCCUACCGUUGUGGGUUAUCGAGACCUUCAAAGGACAGAGAGUGCCGAAGAGGCCGCUCGUGCUCUCGAAUUUACGAUCCGACCCAGAAAUGACGCCGAGGUUAUUGAAGAGCUACAAAUGGUCAAUUCCAAUCUACGCGCAUUAGUGGACAAACUUUUGACAGAGCUGAACGAGUCCAGGGAGGAGAACAAAGAAUUGAGAAGGAAACUGGUCAAGUAUGAAGGAGGAGAGGAAGAAAAUGAUACGACGAGUAAUAGCAGUGCAAAUAAUAAUAAGCGAGGGCGACAGAAUACCACCACCACGACGGCUUUGAUCAAGAAAGAGGAAGAAAUAUUGACAUUAACAAAGGCUGGAGAUGCGAGUCUUGAUUUCCACAUUUCUUUGCAUCGGGAACCCAUCCCAGAAUUAGAUCCUUUAGAAGAUCCAGACUUUAAUGAGGAGGACUUUACACGGAAUUAACCGUGCAGAAGCUCAAACACGAGAAUAACUAUCUUUUUAUGUGCGUAUCUAUCUUUUAGAAAUUAAAACGCGUCUACUUUACGCUUCUAUUUUAACCAGUAUGACUUUCACAAAAAAACGCAAUAAUGUAAUGUUUACAACUAGACUAUUUAUAUGAUUACUAUUAUACAGAUAAAUUUAACCUUGUUUUUCUUUUGUUGGAAACUUGAUCGUAAAGUUUCUUACGGUGUGCUUUCAUAUUAUUGUUGCAUGUUGCAAAUAAACACUUAUUUUACUAUUUGAAUUUAAA